UCGUCGUAGCUUAUAAGCAGAUCCAGAACAUAUGUUUCUUUAAAAAUUAUUUUUAUGCUAUCUGAAAGAUGUAAAAAUAAAUCAUAUACAGUGAAGGCGGCGAAAAAUCAGUGCUCUAAUUGUCAAAAUAUUAUUAAGGAUCUUGUUAUUGUAUGCAAAGAAUGUAUAGAUAUCAUUUUGUGCUUAGAAUGCUUUCGCUUUGGUGCUGAAAUUGGAAAACAUAAAUAUACACAUAAAUUUGAAUAUAAUACAUCAAAUUUACCAAUAUUUAAUACAAAUGAUAGUUGGAAUGCAUCUGACGAGAUAAAGUUACUUGAUGCGAUAGAACAUUAUGGCUUAGGAAAUUGGGAAGCCAUAUCAAAUGCUUUUAAUAACAAGAGAAGUUCUGAAGAUAUUUGCAAACAUUUUGAAACCUUUUAUAUUAAUGGAAAUUUAGGGAAAGCCACACUUAAAAAUUUUGAUCACUUGAGUGACAAUACCAAUCAUAUUGAUAUCAGCACAACAGAUAGUGCAAAAGCUGUUGAUCCUAAACAAGCCAGCACAAUAGGGUAUUCAUUUCUGAGAGAUGACUAUGAAAAGGAAUACCGCAACGAUGCCGAAAAUAUUAUAAAAGAUUUGCAUUAUGAGCCUACUGACACAGAUCUUGAAAUAAACUGCAAGUUCGCUCUUUACGAUAAUUAUUGUCGAAUUUUGCGAGAACGCCAAAAAAGAAAAAAAUUUGUCCGGGAUUAUGGGCUGAUCAAUCAAUUCUUCGAAUCCAACCUUGGUGGUAAAAGUAAAGAUGAAGAUGCCACGUUAAAACUCAGAAACCAAAUUGUGGAUAACCGACAAUCCAUCUCGGAAAAUAAAUGUGAUAAGAAAAGUGAUAAUCUUGAUAACAAGGCAUCUAACAAUAAAGCCGCAACUUCGCAAGUCAAAAGUGUUGCAGCGCCAGUCAGUGGCGGUAAUGGUAAUCUCAAGCGUAAAUACAAAAUUAUAUCAAAAUAUAAAAACGGCCACGCUUCUAACGGCUACUUACGCAAGAGGGACAAUUUGAAAAAGGCAAGUUUGUUCAGGCCUACGACGCAAUUCAUGCGAUUGUUGAGGUCCCACAAAUCCCGUGCCGGGGUUAAGCUAGGUGCCAUCGAUAAUUACAAGAAAUUUAAGCCUAAGUACGUUAAGAAAAUUAAAAAGGGCAAAGGGAAGAGUUUAAAUCGUAAUUUUACCUCUCUCCAAGAUGGGCUUGUAGACAAGGAUGAAAAUAUUACUAUGAACGAGACUAAUAAUAAACUAAAAGAUGUGUCGCGCCAAAAUCCAAGCCCAUCAUUCCUCCAGAAAGAUGGGGCCAUUGAUUGGAAUAAUCCAAUAUGCGAAAAGCUGAAACCCUUUGCGAGAUUUAUGUCCAUGUCCCAGUUUAAAGACGCGUGUUCCGAUAUAAUUAAUGCGGACAAAUAUAUGUCAGAAUAUCUGAAACCGAUGAGAGAGAAAUUUGUGGGCAUAGCCAAAAUGCUAGGCGAAAGUAACUCCAAAAUCAGUAUUAAAUCGGAAGUUUUUUCGAACCCCGAUGAUGACUCAUCCUGCAAAAAUACCAUCAAAGAAGAGAAUCCCGCUUUUUUGGGGAGUAGUAGUUGCCAAUCCAACAACAUUUUUAAUGACUGUCACCUGUCCAAUAAUUUUGAUUAUCCUUCGUCUUCUGAUAGUUUUAAUAAUAAAUUGGAAAACGAAGAAACCCAUAUUUUAACAGCACCAGAACGCGAAAUUUGCUCAAAAUUGAACCUUAAACCCUCUAGGUAUUUUACGUUGAAAAAAAAUAUCAUGAAAUUCGACAAAGAAUAUCACGAAUUCCCCCCAAAACCACUCUUUUUGGUUGGAUUGGAAAAAGUCAAGAAGGAAAAAUUGUUGCGUUUCUUAAAGCAGCGUUCAUAUAUUCAUAACAUAAACAUUGAUAAUUAGAUUGAUGUUUUGUUUUACUUUUAUAUUUAAUCUUCUUUCUUUAUAUUUUUCCUAUCAUCAUAAUAUAUUGAAUUAUCAAAUUAAUAUAU